AUGAGCGCGGCGUGGAGCUCUCAGCUGGUGGAAGAGUUACUGUUUCGGCAGUACAUCAAGGGCGAGGAUGUAUCGAUGCUGCUUCCCCCACCACCAACCCUUUCUGUGGAUCUGUACAUGGAGAAAUACGAUCAGUGUACCAAGAUGCUGUCGUCUUACGUCCGGAACGGGCCCAACGCUGCUCUAACUUCUCAAAACGUUAAUACGGCAUCUAAGCUAUACGGUGCGACUCCAGUGAAGGGGCAGAAUUCGUUUUCUCGUACAGCCAAUCAACCUCAAACUGCAGUUCUUGCGGCAGCUGAUACAAGGGCGCAGGUGUGUCGCACACCUAAUGGAAAAGAUAUGUCUUCGGCUGCUGUCGACUCACCUAUCCCUGUUGCGCCAAAUACCGCAGCACGACAGGGAAGUGUUUCCCCGUUUGCUCAACUACGAAAAAACAGAACGGAGUGGCCGUCUUCUGUUCCCACCAAUGCGUCACUAAAGAGUACCAGUCGUUCAAAGGUAGCGCACUUAACGGCGAAACGAGUGGCUGCCCAAGAAUGCGUAGACCCUGAUCUUAUUUUCGCUCAGAAUCCAGAGGAGUUACCACUACAUGCUAUCUUCGCCAAAUACCCCAAAGCCCUCGAAUCUCUGGCUGCUGUUCGCGGUGGUAGUGGCGACUGGCGGAACGAUACUUUUACGGUGGAAGAAGAGAAUCAAUACAAGCGUGAGUUGGGCUUCGUGCAUGUGGGUCCCAGUCAAUGUGUUUAUGGGAGGUCUAAACUUUUCCACAAAUAG